AGCAAAAUUUCUUAAUGUUGGCAAGCGUCAAAGAAUAUAGUUUUAGCAGCAAUAAUAAUAUUAAACGUGUAUUUUAAUAGUCAUAAUUUAUUAAGAAAACAAAAAUAUAAUAAGAACUGUAGUAUUAAAUCUAAAAAAGAAGCAUUCAAAAAAGAAAUGGUUGAUUUGAAAAUUUCGAAAACAAAAGAGAGAAAUUUCAUUCUGUAAUUAAGAAGUCAUGGAGAUUGUAGGCGAUUUCGAAUAUAAUCCAAAAGAAUUAAUUGGACAUGGAGCAUUUGCUGUUGUCUUUAGAGGAAGACACAAAAAGAAACCAAACUUUCCUGUGGCGAUAAAAAGUAUCACUAAGAAGAGUUUAGCGAAGUCACAGAAUCUUCUAGGCAAAGAAAUCAAAAUACUCAAGGAAUUAACCGAAUUGCAUCAUGAAAAUGUCGUUGCACUUCUGGACUGCAAGGAAUCCCAACACAAUGUUUAUCUUGUCAUGGAAUAUUGUAACGGCGGUGACCUCGCUGAUUACCUGACAGUCAAAGGAACACUAAGUGAAGACACUAUUCGAUUGUUUCUCAUUCAAUUAGCCGGUGCCAUGAAAGCGCUGUUUGCCAAGGGCAUCGUGCACAGAGAUUUGAAGCCUCAAAAUAUUCUUUUGUCACACAAUUGUGGAAAAAGUUUACCAUCGCCAGCAAGCAUAACACUGAAGAUUGCUGAUUUCGGCUUCGCAAGAUUUCUACAGGAUGGAAAUAUGGCAGCAACUUUAUGUGGAUCUCCAAUGUACAUGGCACCUGAAGUCAUCAUGUCACUUCAAUAUGAUGCAAAAGCUGAUCUCUGGUCUCUCGGAACAAUCGUGUUUCAGUGUCUGACAGGAAAAGCACCAUUCCAAGCUCACACACCUCAAGAAUUGAAAAACUUUUAUGAGAAAAAUGCAAAUUUGGCACCAAAACUUCCUGUUGGAACCUCACCAGAGCUCCAGGAUUUGCUUUUCGGUUUGUUACGUCGUAAUGCAAAAGAACGAAUUGAUUUUGAAGUUUUCUUCAAUCAUCCGUUCCUUCAGCGUCAUCCACCAGCACAGCAACAACAAGCAGCUGCUGAUUUGCCAUCACCAUUUGCACCAUCACAAAAGUCCAAUAAUUUACAGAUAACAGCUCCAUCAGCUCCUAUUAAAAACAUCAACAAUGUCAACAAUAAUAAUAACAACAACAUAAAACUUGCCGAACUCGAAGAGCUUGAAACGACAACAUACGAAAGUAUUGGUGAUGGAACAAACAAUAACAAUAAUGAACCAAGCAGUCCUGACAAUUCUGAUGACUUUGUGUUAGUUCCCAACAACUUACCUGUGGUUGAUGCUCAAGCUUACGAUAGGAAAUACAACAAACAACCAUCCAAUUCUAGUCCACCGCGUCCAAGUACGCUUCCAAUAUCGGAACCAAAACCAGUUCCAUCGUCACGUAAAAUUUCUCGACUUCAAUCACCACCAAAAAGCUCGGUAAAUGCUGCAAGUGGAAUUCCACGAUCACAGCCAAUUAAUAUGAAACAAUCAAAUCGACGCAAUAGUAAUUGCAAUUGUGAUAUCAAUUCGAUAUCACCACCAAGUGUACAAUUUAAUUUGGGCACUCCACCUUCAAAUUCAGCUGGUAAUCGUCGAAGAUCAACAUCGGUAAAUGGACCGGAAACGCCGCCAGUGCCACCUUGUACAUGGCAAAUCAGUCCAACGGCAACAACAAACUUCCAUCAAUCACCGACAUUGAGAAGAUCGGGAACUGUUGGAGGAUCGCCGUCAUUACCGUCUAGUGCCCUCGCUAAAUUACCAGCAUUGUCAAGUCCUACAUUGCUGGCAGAGAACAACAACAAUCCAUUGGGUGGAACCAGAGCAUUCACACUUCCUGACAUGGGUGCAGUGGCUGGAGCAAAUGGCUUCAGUUUAUUACACAACGACUCGAAAAAUGCCCUCGAUGAUCAUCCAAUCACCUUCUACGCUCCUGAAUUGCCAGCUGAAACUCUUUUGGAUCGUGAACACAAUGAAACAUUAGCGAAACUCAAUUUCGUUCUCGCACUCACCGACUGCAUCCUUGAGGUCGCCGACUUACGAUGUGCUCCACUUUCAGCUUUAAUGUCAGCAAAUGAAUCACCAACAAUUCAAAAUCUCACACAACCACAUGCACCGGAACAUUGCAAAAGAGCUGAACGUUUAAUACUUUUGAUUCGUGCACUUCAAUUGUUAUCGAGUGGAUUGAAUUUGGCAUCGCAAAAGUUGCAAUCGGGAAGUUUGAAACCAUCGAAUACUGUGAAGAAUGUUUUAUCAACAAUGAACUCAAAAUAUCGCACAACAUUGAGCGAAUCAAAAAAGCUUAAUGCGAGUGGACUUUUACAAAAAGCAACAGCAAAUCACAUAACAGCUGAUAAACUUCUCUAUGAUCAUGCAAUUCAAAUGUGCCAGACGGCAGCUUUGGACGAACUUUUUGGUAAUCCAGAAGAAUGCUUCAAUCGAUAUCAAUCGGCACAAAUCUUACUUCACUCAUUGGCACAGAAGUGUACACAUCCAAAUGACAAAAUGCUUUUGAGCAAAUAUAAAGACGCAGUUGAAAAGCGACUUUACAUUCUACAAAAACAAGGUUACAUUUAUUCAACUGACUCUGAAGAGUAGAUCAGCUGAUGUAAUCAUUCAAUAAAACAAGAAAUUCUUAUUAAAAUAUAUAUUUAAUGACAUAAGAAAAUUCCUAUUUAAGUUUUCAUGAUAAGACUAAAAAUUUUCAUUCUCCAUGAAAAAAAAGAUUUUUUUUUUGUUUUCCAGAUUUUGAUUUUUGAUUUGAAGAAAAAAAUUCGUUUCAUGUUGCGCAAUUUGAUUUAUUAUCUGCGAUUGAAAUUGAGAGAAUUUUUAUAAAAAGAUUUAAAACACAAUUUGUGAUAAAUCGAUGAGAAGCAGUGGAAUGUGCUUUGCAACUUAAUAAGUUUAGUUAAUGAAGCUUUCUUAUGUAUGUGUAAAUAAUUUGCAUCAUAAUUUAUAAAGAUUACUGGGUGAAACAUUUAUGAAUGAUGAUGAAAAUGAUGAAGUUCAAAGACAACUAGGAAGCGAUGAAGGUGGUAAUGAGUGUUGUAGUGUUAAAAUUUAAAUAUUUGCAAACAAGAAAAAUUUGCUCUAGAAAUAUUUGGCUUCAUAAAGUUAUGAAAUAAAAACUCCGAUUGGAAGAAAGAAAAUAUAAAAUUUAUUUUUAUGUGAGUACAAAAAGUGAGUAAAUCUGCAGUUUAAUUGGUCGGCCGAUUGCAAAACUUCUAUAUGAGUUCUGCGAAUGUUGUCUGCAGUUGAAAAUAAAUCAUGAACGAAAUACUGAGAAAUAUGUUUUUCAUUAUAAAGUAAAUUUGUUUUUAAGUUUGAUAAGAAAAGUUAAUUAUACAUAAUAAGAAUAAUUAAAGAAGCAACAAAAAGAGAAAAAAGGAAGAAAUCCAUUUAAGUGUAAAUUAGAAUAUAAAUUGCAACCACAACCUAAGUAAAUUGUAUCUAGCUACUCUCAUCGUAAGAAUAAAAUGAAAACUAU